CCGUGCGCUGCGGAAGUGCUGUGCAGAAUUGAUCAAGGCCAGAUUGAAAAUGAACGACGUUUACUGGCACAACGUGCUGUUCCGCCUUACACCGGAUGUGUUACAGUGCACAUAAAGCUUGAGUAUUCCGGAAAAUGGGGUGAUACGAUCGCUGGAGUGCGACAGCUCUCCGCUGCGUUUUAUAUUGAAAUUGGGAAGUAUCUCAAAGCAAAACAUGGGCUAAUUGCUAUACCAACGGUGGAUCAGCUUUUCGUUGUGAAGGAUGGUGUUGUGUUCAAACUUGUGUUAGUACUCGACAAAGUAUUGAAAUUACUCGAGCAGCGUGUGGCUGAAGUGAAGGCAAGUGGCGCGACAAAAAUAGAAACGAGUGCGGAAGGACAGCGAUUAACAGCAUGGAAGAAGCAAUUCGUGAGCGAAGCAUUACUCCAAGCUUCUCUUCACUCGUUUGCCACGAAACAUUCCACAUUCGGAGAGACUGUUCAAAUAAUGAAAAGAUGGCUUUCAAUUCACUUUAUGACGGAUGCUGUACCACCCUUAGCGCUGGAGAUGGUCGUUGCUGCAGCUUUUGAACACCCGGUGCUACCACCACCCAGAACCUCGCUGUCAGCUUUUCGACGAGUACUACAGCUGAUCGUACGACAUAACUGGACAGCGAGGCCGCUUUUCGUUGACUUUGACAACGCCUGGAAUGAAGAGGAAAUCGCAAAGCUUGAGUCGAAUUUUGUGAAGAUGCGUCCGGUUCUGCCGCCUAUGGUGAUAAUUACGAAUGAAGAUCCAGUUGGGUCAAAAUGGACUCGUGAUGGACCAACUCCAUUGAUGCUGAAGCGGAUUAUAGCAUUGGCCACGUCGACGUUGAAGGUGCUUGAUAUGAACUACGAAAAUGAGAAACGUGUAGACAUCGAGUCUGCUCUCUCCUCUGUAGACAUGUCAAUCUAUGAUGCAAUAAUUGAAAUAUAUCCAAAAAUGGUGGUUCGUAAAGAUGCCAAAGAAGAGCUAUUGCAAAAUAUUAAGGCUUUACCUGUAGUGAACUUUGAUCCUGUGGAGGAGUUAGUUUACGAGCUGAACGCUCAUUUUCAACAUGUGGCGUUGUUCUUUUGGAAUCGUUAUGGUGGUGAUUGCAUCGGUCUCAAAUGGAAACCACACGAAUUGGAAGUUCCUGCUAAGAUAUCACGAUGUUGUUCGCAUUUUUCCAAGAGUCCUGGAGCAUCCAACCUACUGCUAAACAAAGAAGAGAUUUUGGAAGGAAUACGAAUUUUAGGAAGGGGGAUCGUCAAAGAUAUCCAAUGUAUAACAUAA